AUGACCAAAGCCUCCCUCAUCAAGAUGCUACCAACGAGGCUUUCUAGGCCGGCUCAGCUUGUACAAACCCAUUCCCUGAUCUGUCGCUACUUGUCUGGUCGCCACGCCCCUCGCAGAAGUUUUUUACCUCUGUUGUCGUCUGCAUGCUUCACAGCGACCAUGGCAUCAUCGAGUAACGCGUCGGACCAUGACGCUUUGACUACAUCCCGCAACAAGCACCCCCUGAAUCCUCAGAAAUUCCCAAUCAGUGGCUUUGAAGAACUGGAUCCAUCCGUCGACAUGGAAGAGGAGACAUUGCCGUAUUACGAUCCCACUUUAUUCUAUCCAGUCCAGAUCGGCGAUGUGCUUUACAACCGAUAUCAAGCCAUCGCAAAGUUUGGCUUCGGAUCAACUUCAACUACGUGGCUAUGCAAAGACCUGGUCGAUCACCGCCACGUCGUGCUGAAGGUGUAUAUCCGGCGCCACAGUAUCGGGCAUAACCUGGAACUCGAAUGCUUUCGGCACAUUCAGGGAGUCGAAAAAAAGAUAGAUCACCCUGGUCGUCGAUAUAUAAGAUUCCCAGAGGAACAUUUCACUAUCCAAGGACAAGAUGGCGCCCACGAAGUGUUUGUCCUCCGGCCUCUUGGUCUCAGUGUGAGAGCAAUGCAAAGCUAUAUCCCCAGCGGCGUUUUCCCCGAAUUGAACGCUGUACUUGUAACCAAGGCCGUCUUAUCAGCUCUCGAGUUCCUGCACUUCGACGCAAAUCUAAUCCACUGUGAUCCCGAUGUUAUGCCGCAGCAUACGAUCUCCAUUUUAAAGUCCUAUGUUCAUUCGGGGAACCUUCUUUUGACGCUUUCCAACGAAUCUAUCCUCGAUCAGUUUGAAAAAACUGAGCUUGUAAAACCAACGCCGAGGAAACUUGCAACAGACGGCCGCAUCAUACAUGUUACGCAAUAUUUAUUGAAUGGGGAUAAUCCCCCGGUCCUGUGUGAUUUUAGCAGCGCCCGAAUAUGUACAAAUGACGACGAGUCACAGCGCGGGCUUCCCCAUAUGCCGGAGCAUUAUCGCCCACCCGAGGUGAUUCUUGAUAUGCCGUGGAGUUACCCAGUGGACAUGUGGUGUCUUGGGCUCACGGUAAGCUGUGGUUUUCCCUUUUCUUGCCCCCCUCCGUCAAAUUUGCCGAUAUCUUAUUUUAACAACUUUCUAACGCCUACUGCUACCUCACAUCAGAUAUGGCGGAUGCUCAGUACCAAAAGCUUGUUCGGCCAUUAUAAUGGCACAGAUCUGGACGAAGCUCGCCAUUUAUCCUUAAUGGUAGGCCUCCUUGGUCCGCCACCUUUAAGCUUUCUCAAAAAAAGCGAAAAGGUGCUCAAAUACUGGAAUUCGGACGGCAAAUGGAAGGGUCCUAUUCCCCUUCCCCCGCCCACCCACACUCUCGAGGCCAUUUGCCCCAAAUCACUCGAAGGCAAGGCUAAGGUUAUGUUCCUGGAUUUCAUGCGGAAGAUUCUCCAUUGGGACCCAGAGGAGCGUCUCUAUCCUGGCUCUGCAUGGCAUCACCCAUGGGUACACAGGGUGGUGGAGAACGACGGCCUCGUAUCGGUUGAAUAG